AUAUAUACAGGCGACGCCAGCGACACCAACAAAUGUUUUAGCUUUGUUUCAUAGCUAAUAACUUUGUGUUCAAUACAAGCAUACACAAUAUCCUCGAUACAAUCAUGGGCAAGAUUUCGAAGAUCGAAUACUUUCGUGUGCCACCGAGAUGGUUAUUCGUCAAGAUUACGGACGAAGAAAACAACGUUGGUUGGGGAGAGGCCAGUCUUGAAGGACACACCCAAGCUGUGGAAGGGUGUCUAGAUGCGUGGGCGGAGAAAUACGUUGGACACGAAGCUGAUGACAUCGAACAUAUCUGGCAACUAUCAUAUCGGGGAAACUUUUAUCGAGGGGGCCCCGUACUCAUGAGUGCUUUGAGUGGAAUUGAUAUCGCCUUGUGGGAUUUGAAAGCUAGGAAACUGAAUGUUCCAAUCUAUCAGCUUCUAGGCGGGAAAGUUCGGGACAAGCUACGGGUAUACGCGUGGAUAGGGGGCGACCGUCCGGGUGACGUUGAAGUACAGGCAAAUGCCCGUAAAGCACAAGGGUUCAAUGCGAUCAAGAUGAACGCCACCGAGGACCUGGGUUGGCUUGACUCACCUCGAAAGCUCGAAGAAACCGUUGAACGAGUGAAAGCGGUGAAGGCCCUGGGGCUCGAUGCAGGAGUAGAUUUCCACGGGAGAGUGCAUAAGCCGAUGGCAAAGCAGCUGGUCGCUAAGCUGGAACCUUACGAUCCUCUCUUCAUCGAAGAGCCCUUAUUAAGCGAGAAUAUCGGUGGCAUCAAAGAAGUUGCCGCUCAUACGCACCUGCCGAUUGCUCUCGGUGAGCGGCUCCAUAGCAGGUGGGAUGUCCGCCCCUUUCUGGAAGCUGGAUGUGUAGACAUGUUGCAGCCGGAUAUCAGUCAUGUUGGGGGCAUAUCGGAGCUGCAUAGGAUUUCUUCAGCUUGCGAGACCUACGAUGUUGCACUGGCGCCGCAUUGCCCAUUGGGUCCGAUCGCAUUGGCGGCGAAUGUUCAAGUCUGUGCGGUCAGUCCGAAUUUCGUGAUUCAGGAGAUGAGCCUUGGCAUUCAUUACAAUGUCGGCGGCCAAGACCUGACAAGUUACACGACAAAUCCGGAAGUGUGGAAAGUCACGAAUGGGCAUAUCGACCUAAUGACCGGGCCUGGACUAGGGAUCGAGAUUGACGAGGCACAAGUCCGGGCUUUGUCGAAGGAUGCAAAGGCGUGGGUCAGCCCGAAUUUCUUCGGUCCAGGAAACGAAUUAAGAGAAUGGUAGUCAAGUUUAUAGACAGUCUUAGUGA